AUGGAGUCUGCCUCGUUAAUUCUCUACGCUGGUGUCAUAAUCCUCGUGUAUAUCUGCAUCAACAAACUCCUUACUAAACAAUCGCUUAAUACACGGCUUCCUCCCGGACCCCGGGGUCUUCCACUUGUCGGCAAUGUGCUAGAUCUCCCACGAGCUGGCCAAUUCGAGGCGCAUCACUGGGCAAAACAUAAAGACCUAUACGGGAAAAUCAGCUCAGUUACUGUCUUCGGCCAAACCCUCGUCAUAAUCAAUGAUGCGAAGUUGGCUCAGACCAUCCUCAACGAUCGCUCAGCCAAACAUUCUAGCAGAUCAAAAAUGACUUUCGCCGGUGAAAUGGUUGGCUGGGACAAGACCCUGAGUUUCCUGCCAUACAACGACCAGCUCCGCAGCCACCGUAAAAAGGCUCACCUUUGCCUCAAGUCCGAAGCUAGCAUCAGUUCGAAUGGUGCUAUACAAGAGAUUGAAGUUGGACAUUUUCUGCUGCAUUUACUGAGAGACCCUGACCGUUUGGUCGAGCAUAUUCAAAAACAAGCUGGUUCCGUAAUCGUGAAAGUUGUCUAUGGAUAUACCGCUGAGCAAUUCAAGCCCGAUCCUCUACUCAGCACGGUACGAAAGGUUGUAGAUGAGUUUGGCAUCGCGGCCAAGCCUGGGGCCUUUAUAGUUGACCUCAUCCCGAUUCUGAAAUAUAUCCACGACUGGUUCCCUGGAGCUAGUUUCAAAACUACAGCAAAGCAGUGGAGGUCUAACCUCGAGAGCUCGGUUGAGGAACCCGCAGCUUUCGUGGAGCAUCAAGUGGCCAACGGCAAGGAUAACACAUCGUUUCUAUCUCAGCUGAUGCAGAAGAAAAGCUUGACGGAUCAAGAAGCUUCUGAGAAUAAAUGGUUGGCGGCAUCUCUUUACGCUGCAGGUGCUGAUACGACUGUGUCUGCGAUCACGACGUUCUUUCUCGCCAUGACACUAUUUCCUGAUGCCCAGAAGAAAGCCCAGUGCGAAAUCGAUGACAUUAUUGGAAAUGGACGAUUACCCACGCUGUUGGAUAGACAAAGCCUACCAUACGUCAAUGCGCUCGUGAAGGAAGUUCUCCGGUGGCAUCCUGUAGGACCAAUGUGUCUUCCCCACACAACCUCCCAAGACGACGUUAUCAACGGACACCUCAUCCCAAAAGGCGCAAUGAUACUUCCGAAUAUCUGGCAAAUCUGCCAUGAUCCCGCACUCUACCACGAUCCAAUGGCCUUUAAACCAGAGCGCUUUCUUGGUCCGGAGGCUGAGACAGACCCGGGUCGUUUCGUCUUUGGCUUUGGCCGAAGAAUUUGUCCGGCGCAAGCCAUGGCUGACAAGACGCUAUUCCUCAACAUGGCGCAGACUCUUGCUGCGUUUGACAUUAGAGUGAAACCGGGAGCUGAAAUGCCCAAGGCUGAGUUUACGUCUGAGGUUGUCAGUCAUCCGAAGGCUUUUGAAACUGCCAUCAAGCCUCGAUCUUCUGAGCAUCGUGAGUUGAUUGAAUCAAUUGAGCGGAUGCAUCCAUGGCAGCAGAGCGAUGCAGAAACUCUUGCAAGUCUGUAG